UAUUAAUUUAUUACUAUUUGUCUUGCCAGAAAGAUUUGUGUGUCAUCACACAUAUACUAAUUCACCAAGUUAACUUAUUAUUAUUAUUAUUAUUGCUCAAAUUAUUAAUAAUAAUUCUUGGGUUGAAUUUGCAAGAUUUGUGUUGGUUUUUUGAUGUGGGUAUUGUGAGAUCCAAAUUAGAAGAAGAAGAUGGAACCUCCAAGUGGGGUUUGGAAAUCAUUAGUCCAAUUCUUCAUUUUCUUGCCUUAUUUCAUGGGUCUUCUUGCUCUUGGCUUCAUUAAAGGAAUCAUUUUUGCUCCAUUGAUAUGUAUUAUUAUGACAAUUGGAAACUCUGUUGUUGCACUUAGCCUUUUCCCAGCACAUAUUGUAUGGGCUUACUUUUGCGUAUUGAGUGCUAAACGAUUAGGGCCAGUGAUGAAAGUGGUUGUAUGCAUAUUGUUUACACCUGUCUUGGUUUUCUGGCCUUUUGGAAUUAUUUUGGGGAGCUUUCUUGGCGGCUUAGCUUAUGGUUUUCUUGGACCAAUGUUUGGAACUUUUAAAGCUGUUGGUGAAGGGAAAACUGAUCAGUUUUACCAUUGUAUCGUAGAUGGAACCAAGGAUACCGUCCAAUGGAGUUUUACUUUUAUCAGGGACUUGAAAGAUGUCUGUUUCCAUUCAUUCUUCUCGGUGAUGAAUGAUCUUCGAAAACAAGGCAUGCCAGAGAGAAAAAUCGAGAUUAGAGUGGUUUAUCUUCCUGUAGCGAUUGUCAUUGGUUUAUUAGGAGUCUUGGUUGACUUUCCAGUGAUCACGGUUAUAGCCAUAUUAAAAAGUCCAUACAUGUUGUUCAAGGGGUGGCACCGGUUGUUUCAAGAUUGUGUGGGUCGAGAAGGCCCUUUCUUGGAGACAAUAUGUGUCCCAUUUGCUGGUCUAGCCAUCUUGCUAUGGCCAUUGGCUGUAGUUGGAGCCAUGUUAGCCUCCAUGCUCUCUGGUGUUUUCCUUGGUUUAUAUGCAGCUGUGAUCGUCUAUCAGGAGUCAUCUUUCUAUCUCGGACUUUGCUAUACUGUAGCUGCAUUGUCGAUCUAUGAUGAAUACAGCAAUGAUGUUCUUGACAUGCCUGAAGGAUCUUGCUUUCCCAUGGUUAAAUAUCGGCGUAACCCUGGAUUGUCUACUUCAAGUUCUUUUUCGAGGGCAGGUUCCAUUAAAAGAGCACCAUCUAGGUCUGGAUCCAUCCGGACUCCCAUGAUUGAACUUAAGCCGUUGGAGUUGUUUGAUAACUUUUUUCAAGAAUGUCGUCGACAUGGUGAAUUAUUGGUUCUGCAAGGUUUAAUAUCGUUAAAUGAUAUCCACGAUCCACAAUCUGUAAGUCUACCUGCUUAUUGUCUCUACCAAGCACUUCUACGCUCAGCAAAAGCAAAUAGUCCUGGUUUAAUUAUGUCUGAUGGCGGUACAGAAAUAACUAGCGCAAACAGACCCAAAGAUACGUUCUAUGAUUGGUUCUUGAACCCGCUCUUGGUCAUGAAAGACCAAGUUAAAGCACAACAUCUUACGGAAUCCGAGGAGGACUUCUUGGGCAAGUUGAUUCUGACAGGUGGUGAUGUCCAGAAGCUGAAAAACAUGAACAUUGGUCCACCACCCGAGUCUGAGCUUCGACGAGCUGAACUGGAUGGGUUAGCUCGGAGGCUUCAAGGGAUCACAAAGUCGAUAUCAAGAUACCCAACAUACAGAAGAAGAUAUGAGGGUGUGAUGAAGGCAUUAUACGAAGAUCUUGAUAAGAAGAAUGGUGAUGGUAGCUACAGAGGACCUCAAACUGUUCCGAGGUCAAAAAGCACAUUUGGUCGGAUUUUUAGCACACAAAGAUCCUUCAAAAACAAAACUAACAAUCAGGUGGUUAGGCAAGAUAAUGCAAGAGAUGUCGAAAUUGUAUAGUCUAGAUUCUAAAUCUGUUGUAUCUUUAUUAAAUUUUUUAAAGAUAAUACAUACAAACCCAAAUGGGAUAAUUCAAGAUUCUUUUGUUUUUAUAUCUUGUGAUCUGUUGUAAUAGGGAAUAUAUGUUGAUGGUGAAAUGAUAUUUUUGUUGUAAGAAA